GAACAGAGGGGUCAACCAAAUUUCUCUCAUCAAAAACAUGCUUCCGAGUUCUGAUCACAAACUCCUAAACAAACUCACCAAAUCUCACUCUCUCUCUCUCUCUCUCUCUCUCUCUCUCUCUCUUUCUCACUUAAAAUAAGUGCAAAAUAGAAGCAUCCAAGCUUCUACAUUUUCUGUCAUCUUUCUCACACUUGCAGUUUUUUUUUUUUCUAUACAACCACAAGAUAUCUACCUGGAGAUCUCACCCCAUUAGAAGAAGCUACCUCCCUCUUUCUUCUUCUUCUUCUUCAACCUUUUAUAUAAGAAAAACUUUUUCAGUUUUUCUCUAUCAUUCACUCACCAUUCUUUCACUUUUCUUCAAAUCAAUAAUCCCACAAAAACCCCAUUUCUCCAAAUCUCUUUCUUUUCACUUGUUUUCUCUCAAAGUUUUGAUUUUUAUAAACUCUUAAAAAAAAAAAAAAAAAAUGGCUUCCUCUGGCAUUUCAUUCCCACAUACAAAUUUUCAGCAAAGAAAGCUUUUUCCAAUUGAGCGUAGGCCAAGAACGCUUAAAGAUUUCCUCAAUGAAAAUUCCAAUUCAUGCUCUUCUAGCUGGUUCAAAUCGUUUCACAGACAACCAUUCCAACCCAAUGUGAUUGAGACAAUCAAAAUUCAAAGGCAGAUGAGAUUGAAAGCUGCAUCAUCACCAACCAUUUCAGCAUUUCAGGCAGUGAUCAAUGCGGUCAAAAACAUCACAUUUACCACUGUUAAAUCUCCUUCAUUUUUACCCAGAAGCCUCUCGAGGAGGCUGUCAAAGAAGGAGACCAAGAAGAACCAAGAGAAAGCAAACCAAGGGAAAACAACCGCAUCCGUCAGAAUCAAAGACAUCCUACGGUGGAAAUCUUUCCGUGACUUGGUUGAUCAGGAGAUAUCCCCACCAGUGGAUUUCACUCCUUCUCCUAAUCAUCACUGCACCACCACCACCAGCUUCACAACUGGGUCCACCACAGACAGUAGUACUAGUGCUUGUAACAGCUAUGGCUCAAGCUGGUGUGACAGUGAUUUUACCGCACAACUUUCACCAUCUUGGAGGGGUAAUAGUAAUUCAGAUGGGUUUGAUGGAGAUGAAAUUGAUGAUGAUUUGAGAAAAAUUCAGAACAAUGUACCCUGUGUCAGCAGAGAUUCUAAGGCGGGGAAAGCAGGGGCAGAGGAUUACACUGCAGUUGGCCCCAAGGUGGGAGAGUUGCUGUUUGGCGACGAGAACGAACAGCAAAGCCCAGUCUCAGUGCUUGAUUUUCAUUUCAGAGAAGAUGAAAAUCCCUUAUCCACUUUUGAUCAAAGCCUUGAUAGCAUGAACAGGACAAAUCAAAAGCUUAUGCAGAAGAUCAAUUGGUUUGAGAGUCUAGCCAAACUGGAGCCUGUCGACUUAGACAAAUGGACUUCAAUGGAGGAGAGCAGCAUCUUUGAAGAAGAACGCAAGGACGAAGACGAAGGAGUGCGGUUUGGAGGAGAAGAAAGGGCGAGAGAGUUAUUGUACCAUGACAAAGAAACCAGUUCAACAGUGAGCCGUAAGACUGAUGUGGAUCAACUACUAUUAGAUUUCUUUAAAUACAAAUUGAGUGAAAGGAAUAACCAAACUGAAGAUGAUGAUUUCAACUUUGAGAUGGUGAGGAUAGCAGAAGCAUGGAUGAAUGGGGAACAUGAAGUAUUAGAGUGGGGUUUAGAAUAUAAGAGGGAGGCUUAUAUUAGACAUAUGCAUAAAUUAGAGAAGUGGAGCAAGUUUGAGGAUGAACAAGAAGAGCUGGCUUUGGAAAUUGAAGCUGGGAUUUUGAACCAUUUGGUAGAUGAGCUUUUGGUUGAUUAUUCAUAAAAGCAACAAAAAUUCAUAAUCAUUAGGAAUUAGAGAGCUUAAAGUGAAACCUCUUAGCCGUUUUCCAACUUUACAUUAUGUGCCUAAAGAAUAAUAAUUUCCAGAGGAAUUAAAACUAUAUAACAGAGUGGAUCAGUUUGGGUCCAAGAAGAAGAGAUUUGUGUCCUUGGCUUAGAAUUUCCAUCUGGGGUUGUAAAAAUAGAGUCAGAGACUUUGAAGGGCAUAGCUUAUGUUCAUUUUUGUAGGGUCUGAUGUAGCUGUACAUGGCCAUUAUUGUAAUCUCUACAAUUAUUUUUUCUUGGUUAAUCUCUUCAUAUUGUUAAUUGCAUUAUGAAUUAAAAACUUUAAUAACAAUUUUGGCGAAAGAUAAA